AUGGAAAUAAAUGUGAAUAAAAUUUGCGAGAUUUGCAGCGAUAAAGGAGUCGGGCGAAACUUUGGUGCCAUUACUUGUUACUCAUGUAAAGCAUUCUUCAGGAGGAAUGCUCCCAAAGAUAAUCUAUUGGAGUGCCCUUCGGAUGGAAAGUGCAAAAUCAAUGCAAACACUAGAAAGUUGUGUCCAAAAUGUAGACUUCAUAAAUGUUUGGCUGUGGGUAUGAAAAAAGAAUACAUAUUAGGUGAUGAGGAAAGGGAGCAAAGGAGACAAUUAGUCGCAGAGAAUAGACGCAAACGAAAACAAUUGAGUGAAAGUCAAAACACAUCCUCAGAAGCGAAUGAACCCUCAAAUCCACGGCCACUUGAGUCGACCAUAUCUAGUGAUUGUGGUGACAAUAACUUCUUGGAUGAUAUAAUAGGAUGUGUUUUGGAUGAGCACUCGGAUCACAGUAUUGAGACAUUGAAAGGCAGACAUAAGUUAGAAGAUAUCAAUGAGAAGUCACAAAAAAUAGCUGUCAUUCCGCUGUUCAAAGAGCUCACAGAUUAUAACAGUUUGAAUGAAUUAGAGAUCAAUAAAAUUGGAGAGUUAUUGAAUACAUCCAAGAUAUUUGACUACCCGUCCACCAAAAACAUAAUAAAACUUAAGGACAAAUCAGAGUACGUAAGGCUUUACUCCCAAAGAACUGAAGAUAUUGUCAAAGAAUUGCUUAAUUAUAGCAAAGGGUUGAAUGGAUUUAGUAGGCUAUGCGAUGAGGACCAGUACACCCUAUUUAAGUACGGAUGCUCUGAAAUGUUGUUUAUUAGAAAUCUGAUGUAUUAUAACCACGAUGAUAAACAAUUUACAAUAUACAUGGGUAAUGAGACUUCAUUUACCAUUGGUUUUGAUGUAUUUAACGAUGAAAUAUCCGGAUACUUUGUAUCAUUUCAAAAGUUAUUCGAGGAAUAUAUAGACAAAUUUUUACCAUGUUGGAACAAGGAUCGUAUCAUUAUGGAAUUGAUUAAUGCGAUCACACUAUUCAACCCAAAUCGACCCGGUCUUAAACACAGAUAUAAUGUUAGUUGCACCAAGAUUAUUACCCUUUUACGUGGGCUUAUCACCGGCUCUAGCGUAUCUCAAGUGAUGGACACUAAUGAUGACAUUUGUUUAGUAGACAAAGAGGUUAAUAGCAAUGAAACUAAAACACCGAUUAAAAAGACAACAGUUAUUGAAAAGGUGGUCAACGUGUCAUCAGAUGAUGAAAUUCAUCACAAAGACAUUGAAACAAACCAACCACUCAACACUUCAAUUGCAAAACGCAAAACAAAGCGGAAGUCAUAUACUAUCGAGACGAAGAUAGAAGCUGUCGAGUGGUAUAUGAAUGAGGGAGGAUCUAAUGCAGGCAUUACCGCCAAACGCUAUGGUGUGGACCUCAAGACUAUUAAGGAGUGGAUUACCAAAUACGACGACCACAAAGCAAUGGCUAGCAAUCGAUUGAUGUCAAUCGCAAAGCGACGAACCCUUCAAUAUUCGCGAAUACCUUUAAUACCAGAAGUCGAUGAGAAAGUUCUUGAAUUUCAUAAACAGAGAAGAGAUAAAUCAUUAUCUGUUAGUGGACAAGACUUGAUGGAUAAGGCAAUCGAUGUGUAUAAAGAACUGAAACAAAAAGACACACAUCUGCCAGCGUUCAAAGGUAGUUCUGGAUGGCUUCAGGGAUAUCUUGAACGGAAUAAUAUGACCUCAAGAAUGGCAACGAUCAUACCCGGUGGUAUGACACCGUUGCUCCAACCGGCCGAUCUGAGCUGGAAUAGAAGUAUAAAAGCCAAAGUCAAGAAGUUUUGGACCCAAUGGAUGGAUAGGGAAUUGACGGAUAAAGACUACACCAAAGGAGGAAACCCAAAGAGAAUUUCGUAUUCAAAAGUAGCGGAAUUCUGUCUGAACGCAUGGAAUGAAAUCCCAGAAGAGGACAGCAAUAAAGAGACUGGUAUUACAGACACAGAAGACACAGACGAUGAAUCCGAUGUUGAAAUCAUAGAUAAUUAA